UCGAUUCCCUCCCGACGACGACGCCGCCAAACCCGCAACAACUCCCUCGCCCGCAGUUUUCUCGAUUGUCGUCACCCGUCGCCGUCACCGUCGAUCCGCCAUGAAUUCGCAGCCCAACGAUGUGUCGCCCGAGGCGAUGCAGGCGCGCAUCCAGCAAGCGCGUCGCGAGGCCGAGACGCUCAAGGACAGGAUCAAGCGGAAGAAGGAUGAGCUGGCCGACACCACACUCCGGGCUGUCGCUCAGCAGGCUCACGAGCCCAUCCCCAAGAACCAGCUCAUGCGGGCGAAGCGGACGUUGAAGGGCCAUCUGGCCAAGAUCUACGCCAUGCACUGGUCUACAGACCGCCGACACCUCGUUUCAGCCUCGCAGGACGGAAAGCUCAUCAUCUGGGACGCCUACACCACCAACAAAGUCCACGCCAUCCCCCUCCGAUCAUCAUGGGUCAUGACCUGCGCCUACGCCCCCAGCGGCAACUUUGUCGCCUGCGGUGGUCUCGACAACAUCUGCUCCAUCUACAAUCUGAACCAGCAGCGCGAUGGCCCCACGCGAGUGGCCAGGGAACUGUCCGGCCACGCCGGUUACUUGUCUUGCUGCCGAUUCAUCAACGAUCGAAGCAUCCUCACCUCGUCCGGUGACAUGACCUGCAUGAAAUGGGACAUUGAGACGGGCCAGAAGGUCACCGAGUUCGCCGACCACCUUGGCGAUGUCAUGAGCAUCAGCUUGAACCCCACCAACCAGAACACCUUCAUCUCUGGUGCCUGCGACGCGUUCGCCAAGCUCUGGGAUAUCCGUGCCGGAAAGGCGGUGCAGACCUUUGCCGGCCACGAGUCUGACAUCAACGCCAUCCAGUUCUUCCCCGACGGCCACUCUUUCGUCACGGGAUCCGACGAUGCCACCUGCCGGCUGUUUGACAUUCGUGCCGAUCGCGAACUCAACCUUUAUGGAUCUGAAUCCAUUCUCUGCGGCAUCACAUCCGUUGCCACCUCCGUGUCUGGACGUCUGCUCUUUGCCGGAUAUGACGACUUUGAGUGCAAGGUCUGGGACAUUACACGAGGUGAAAAGGUUGGCUCUCUGGUAGGCCACGAGAACCGUGUGAGCUGCUUGGGUGUCAGCAACGACGGAAUCAGCUUGUGCACAGGUUCAUGGGAUUCUCUGCUCAAGGUUUGGGCCUAUUAAAAUGCCUGCGUCUGUGAUACAGAUGGACUUUUCUCGCAUAUUUCGAUUCAAGUCUACUCCGUGACUUUUCUUCACCAUCCGCAUUCAAACGAUUAUAUUACCCGCCAAUUUCGACACCCGACUACGCAUAUCUGGCUUGCGAAUACUGGCGUACGCAGGACGAAGUGACGAAACGUGCCCUACUUACACCAUAACUCUUUUUAUUUAUUUAUUUUUUGGCCGAUGCAUGAGCCCCGUGUAGGGGCAUCUCAACCCCGAUUCUUUGGGCGACAGUCGGAAAAGGAAACCGGCCGACUUGAUACCUUUUGUUUCCCCUUUUCCCUCUCUCAUUUUUUUUUUCCUUUUUAUCUUUUUUUUUCUCCCGCCUCUGAUCCCCAAAAUUCUUUGCACAAUAGUUUCUGCGUUUUCUGAUAAGCUCUGGAUUGUUGGCCACGGGCUGGGUGUAUUACUUGAUGGUUUUCUAUGUCUUCAGUUGCCUCUGUACGCGUUCCCGCUCCCUCAGCGGAUUUUUUUUCUUUAAAUAUGCCGAUCGAGCGAGCUUAAGUGUUUUUAGAAGGGCGCGCAUAUAACAGAGCUACGAGAAAAAAAAAAUUCUGGAGAGUAAGGGGAGAGGGGUGGAGAGGCUUCUUUUUGGAAGAUUUAAGUGUGAUGGGGGAGAAGGGAUGGUGACGUGGUAUGGAAUGGUAGGGGUGUUGGCGACUUAUAACAAGGAGCAGAUCAAGCUUCCAGAUAAUACAGUACGAUGAUUCAAC